UCAGAUUCAGACAUCUGUUCCGAGCAGAGAGGAGAGCGGCUGGUUCUCCUCGGCGGCUCUGCGCUCUAAUAUGAUUGUAUGAGAAAGACGGGACCGAUAAUAUAGAUAUAUAUUGCAGAUAAGGCAGAAAUAUCCAUUCAGGCGGGCAAAUUAAAUAUUUUUAAGAUUUAUUGCGGACGGAGAGAUAUUUAGCUCCUAACCAUGAGCGGGCUGUCGCUGGUUUUGAUGGCCGUGUUUGCCGUCUCCAUCCUGGCAGAGUCCUCGGUCUAUUUCCGAGAGCAGUUCGAGGAUGGUGAUGCCUGGAAUAGUCGCUGGAUGGAAUCCAAGCACAAGUCAGACUAUGGCAAGUUUGUCCUGACUGCAGGGAAGUUCUAUGGAGAUGCAGAGAUGAACAAAGGUCUGCAGACGAGCCAGGAUGCCCGCUUUUAUGCUUUGUCAGCCCGUUUCGAUGACUUCAGUAACAAAGGCGAGUCUCUAGUCAUCCAGUUCACUGUGAAACACGAGCAGAACAUCGACUGUGGCGGAGGCUACAUCAAACUGUUUCCCUCUCAGCUCAAUCAGGAUGACAUGCAUGGAGACUCUGUCUACAACAUCAUGUUUGGUCCUGAUAUUUGUGGCCCAGGAACAAAGAAAGUUCAUGUGAUCUUCAACUACAAAGGCAAAAACCAUUUGAUUAACAAGGAUAUCAGGUGCAAGGAUGAUGAGUACACCCAUUUGUACACGCUGAUUGUCAACCCAGACAACACGUAUGAGGUGAAGAUCAACAACAAGAAGGUCGAGUCUGGCAACCUGGAGGAUGACUGGGACUUUCUGCCUCCCAAAAAAAUCAAGGACCCCAAUGCCAAAAAGCCAGAGGACUGGGAUGACAGGGAGAAAAUUCCAGACCCGGAGGAUAAGAAGCCUGAGGAUUGGGACAAGCCUGAGAAUAUCCCAGAUCCUGAUGCCAAAAAGCCUGACGACUGGGAUGAUGAGAUGGAUGGAGAGUGGGAGCCCCCCAUGAUUACCAACCCUGACUACAAGGGUGAGUGGAAACCAAGAGAGAUUGAUAACCCUGCAUACAAAGGCAAAUGGGUCCACCCUGAGAUUGACAAUCCAGAAUACACAGCCGACCCAGAGAUCUACAAAUAUGACAGCAUCGGCGUGAUCGGGCUGGACCUGUGGCAGGUGAAAUCUGGGACCAUUUUUGACAACUUCCUUAUCACCAAUGAUCCUAAACUGGCUGAAGAAGUUGGCAACGAAACCUGGGGUAAAACUAAGGAUGGUGAGAGGACGAUGAAGGAAAGCCAAGAGGAAGAGGAGAGGAAGAAGCGAGAGGAGGAGGAUAAGAACAGGAAAGAUGACGCGAAGGACGAUGAGGAGGAAGAGGAUGAGAAGGAUGACGAGGAAGAGGACGAAGAAGACGAGGAGGAAGAGGGCGAGGAACCAGAAGAGGAGGGGGAAGAGGAAGACGAUGAAGGCACAGACUCUCAACUCAAGGAUGAGUUAUAAAACUCAGGAACUGCUCAGUUUGUUGGAUGAUGUUGAAUAGAGACAGAGAUGAAAGACUGUCACCUUUUGGGAAGGGGGAGGGGCUGGGCGGGGAUGGACUUUUUAUUUGUUUACAAAACAAAAGGGAUAGGUCAAUAAGGGCAAUUACUGUUGUUUCCUGUUUCAUUGAGCCACUACUGCUACCAAUAACAUAAUUAUUGUUAUAUAAAUUGGAAUAAUAGAUACAAUCCGCUGAAAAAAAAAAAACUGAUUAGUAAUGAUAAAGCUGCAAGUUGUGCUCAGCAGAAGUGUGUAAACUAUCAUUUGUUCAAUGAUAAAUAGUUGAUGUGAAGCUUUGACAGGAAAAUAUAUUUAGUGUGUGGAUGGUGCCAUGAAAAUGUUUUGUGUACCUCAUGUGCUUUGUGUGUUCUUGGUUUUUGUAAAUGUUUUACACUAAUUCAUGUCUGUCUGGAAGGAUUUGGUUGAGUUGAUCAUUUUCACCUAAGCUAUAUGUUCUUUCACGUUAAAUUAAAACAAGGUUUAAUGGGAACCAACAUCAGCACUAAGAGUUUGAAUUUCAGAGCCUGUCCUGAACAGCCGUCCAGAUGCGGCUGGUUUAGAAUAAAGCCCCUUCCAUGGUUUUAUAACCUCCAUAGUGCACAUUCUGUAGUCUUGUGUUUACAAUAAGCCACACAUAAGAGUUAGUUGUUCAUCAGAGUUACUCCUGUAGCAGUUAAUCAUCUGAUCAUAUGGUACCCAAAUAAGGGUUUAACUAGUUUUAUCCUGCCUGGUUUCAGUUCUUCUGCACUGCUGUACGCCAGCACACCAUCCCAAACACUCAUCAAUGCUCCUUUUGUAAAUCAGAUUUUUCUACCAAUGGUAAGAAAUGAAUUGAGGGGGAGGAAAUUUUUACGUUGCUGUGCAAAUAAAAACAAUCUGAACAAAUCAAA